ACCAACCUUCUCCGCUACUAACUUCACUCAUUGUAUAUACGUAUAUUGGACGUUCGUAUCCCACUGGCAUAUCUGCGCGAAGAGAAGAACAUCUGCAAAUAUGGCUUCUCCAAAUACCGAGGCCAGCGGGAGCUCAAGACUGGACGUAAAGCCAGUAGCAACAGAAACAGUCCAGGCAUCCGCCCCUAAGGAUGUGGCCGCACCAGACAAACCCAGGCCAGCCAGGACGCGACCACAGAGACCGAACUACUUCUUGAUUCACUCGAAACCUCUGCCUUUGGAGACCCAUCCUCUUCCGGCAUUUGUCCCACAGAAUCCGCUUUCUCUACUGCGCAUCGCAUACAUCUAUCUCUCACAACUCAUCUCGGCACCUUCUUCUCACCCCGAUGUGCCCAUCACUGGUAUCUUCAGCUCGGAAACAAGGUCUGUCCACAUUACAGACCAGAAGUCUAUCCGCGCUCUGUGGGAGAUGGGUUUCUUCGGAAAGGGAACGUUAUCACGUAGUGAGCCUAGCUGGCUCGAUAGAGAAAAGGCUCGUCUCAAGGCCAGCAAGCACGGCGGUGGUACAGCAGAAGAAAACACCAGAAAGCGAAGAGAGGAGAGAAAACUCUUCAAGCUGGAAAGAGCCAGACUGGAAGCUGAGCAGAUCGAAGAGACGUUGAGAAAAGAGAGAGCAGCGCUAGAAGCCAAGAAGGAAGUAAAGGACGAAGAAAAAGCGACAGAGAUUGCCAUCUCUCACGUUUUCCCCUGGAUGCAACAGGAAAGUGCAAACGCAGAGUUCACAGAGGAAACCCAAGCCGUACCUGCGGAAACCGCCGAAACCAAGGAGCCUGCCACCAACAUCGUCGACGUCCCCAUCCUCGAAACCGGCACCACAAUCCACACAACCGGCAUCCCACCCUCCACCGUCCCAGCAGAAACCCCUCUCUCAACCGACGUCGAAGCCCCCAUCACAAAUCAAGAACACCUCCAACUCAACCUCGAAGAAUCCUUUUUCCUCUGCUACGCCCUAGGCGCCCUCACAAUCCUCGACCCCUCAACCUCCCAACCCAUCCCGCCGCCCUCCCUUCUAACCCUCUUCCGCCGCCACUCCCAUUUCCCCACUGCUUCCCCCUCUUCCCUCCGCCCCGAUGACCCAUUCCUUCUAAACUACAUUGUCUACCACCACUACCGCAGUCUCGGCUGGGUCGUCCGCCCCGGUGUAAAAUUCUCCUGCGAUUUCCUGCUCUACAACCGUGGACCUGUAUUCUCGCAUGCGGAAUUCGCAUUAUUGAUAUUACCGGAAUAUGAAGAGGGGAGUGUGGAGGCCGAGCAGGGAAAGGGAAAGAUGGGAUGGUGGUGGUUGCAUUGUGUCAAUCGGGUGCAGAGUCAGGUCAAGAAGAGUUUGGUUAUUGUGUAUGUCAAGGUGCCGAAGGUGUUGCCUGUGGGAGAGGAUAUUGGGGAGGUGCUUAGGAGUUAUGAGGUUAGGGAGUUUGUUAUCAGGAGGUGGUUGGCUAAUAGAAGCCGUGAUUAGAUAUAGCUAUGUGAGAAAGAAACAGGCUGGUGAGACGGCUAAUUUUGUUUUGUCGCAGCUAUUGGAAGCCAUCAUUCUUUAGUUUAUCGAACUCCAGCUAUCGAGCUCCACCUCACGAAUGCAAGCUAAAUAAUGCACUCAUGUUCUCCUGUCUUUCGAUCUCCCUUUCCUU